AUGAACGGUCACGCACAGUCAGAAACGCGUUUCGACGUGGUUAUCAUCGGCGCGGGCAUCUCCGGCAUCAAUGCCGCCUACCGCCUGCAGGAUGAGCUCCCGGGCUACAGCUAUACCGUUCUCGAGGCUCGAGACGACCUGGGCGGAACUUGGGACUUGUUCAGGUACCCUGGUAUUCGAUCGGAUUCUGAUUUGUUCACCUUUGGCUUUUCCUUCAACCCCUGGACCCAAUCCAACCCCAUCGCCGAAGGCCACUUGAUUAAAAGCUACGUCGCCGACACCGCCAAGAAAUUUGGUAUCGACAAGAAUAUUCAAUACCGCCACCGUUUGUCGGCGGCAAAUUGGUCUAGCGAGGACAACUACUGGUCCCUGACCAUCGACAAUGACGGGACCGCCAAGACCAUCAAUGCUCGGUUCAUCAUCUUUGGUUCCGGCUACUACAACUACCACGAGCCAUUGCAGGCCAACAUCCCCGGACUGGACAACUUCCAGGGCCAGAUUAUUCACCCUCAGUUUUGGCCCGAGGAUUUGGAUUACACAGACAAGAAAGUCGCGAUCAUCGGCAGUGGUGCGACCGCCAUCACCCUCCUACCCAUCAUGGCUCAGAAGGCGGAGCGGGUGACCAUGGUUCAGCGCAGCCCAACCUACAUCAUCUCUCUCCCGAACCGCAGUGGAAACUGGUUGCUCAGUUGGAUCCUGCCGACAAGCGCAUAUAAUAAACUCCAGCGCCUCAUAUGGAUCAUAAAGUCGAGAUUCUUCUUCCUCUUCUGCCAAGGUUUCCCGAAGCUCUCACGCUGGGUCCUGACCCGCCUAGCCAGCAAGCAACUACCCAGCCACAUCCCCCACGACCCACACUUUCAGCCACGCUAUAAUCCCUGGGACCAGCGACUCUGCGUUUCGCCAGAUGGCGACUUCUAUACUAGUCUCCGCAACGGCAAGGCUGAUGUCCGUACAGACACCAUCAAGACAGUCACGAAGAAGGGUUUGACCCUCAACUCAGACGAAACGGUGGAUGCAGACAUCAUCGUCACUGCAACGGGUCUGAAGCUGCAAAUUGCCGGUGGUGCCACCAUAACCGUCGAUGGCGAGAAAAUCGACCCUGGCUCCAAGUUUAUGUGGAACGGGGUAAUGCUUCAGGAUCUUCCUAACGCCUCGUUCAUUAUCGGAUACACUAAUGCCUCUUGGACAUUGGGUGCGGAUGCGACGGCGCGAUUCGUGACUCGCCUGAUUAAGUCGUUGGAGACUCGUAAGCUUAUCGCUGCUACACCUCGUUUGAAGGCGCAGGACGCUGAGACGAUCCAGCAGCGUCCGCUGUUGAACUUGAAUUCUACUUACGUCACGGUCGCGAACCGGGUGCUGCCUUUGGCGGCUGAUCGGGGUCCGUGGCGUCCGCGUGAUCAUUAUAUGAAGGACAUUAAGUUUGCGACUAAGGGUGACUUGGACGAUAGUAUGGAAUAUGUGCAAGGGAAGAACUUGCAUCUUCGUGCUAAGAUGGAGUGA